UCUUGGUCAUCUCAUUGGCCCCAACAAGUAUCACAGCUCAUGGAACUGAUAGUAGUAAUAAACUUCCACCACCACCUUCCGUAUAUGCCACAGACCAAUCGACUUUAGCCCCUGGCAACAUAGGCCUUGGAUUUGGGCUUACUGCCCUUGCAGCAUUCUGCUCUGCUCUAGGUUCUUUCACACCAUUACUAGACCUUUUAUUUCCACAUAUUUCAUGGACUAAAGAUUUUCGAAUUACGCAAUCAAAAGGCUUUCUCGCUGGCUCGUUAUCAUUUGCUGCUGGAAUAUUAUUAUUUCUCACAUUAGGUGAUCUUUACCCUGAGGCAAUAUCGUCAUUCCGGAAUUCAAACCUUUUCAAUCCGAAAUACGCAGAUAUCGUAGCCGCUUCUGUAUUCAUUGGAACUAUUAUAUUAAUCAUGAUAGUAAAAUAUUAUUUUGGUCACAAUCAUAAACAUGGUCUACAUAGUGACCAUAUUGAAACCAAAGGCGAAUUAAUUAAUAACGAAAAAAAAGUUGAUCUUGAAAAAACCGAUGACCUUGAAAAAACCGAUGAUAUAAAUAAAAAUUCAACGACUGUAGUAAGGUCCGAUGAUACUCACAAACUCAAAAGUUUAGGCAUUCAAAUUGCCAUUGCCUUGGCUCUUCAUAAAAUCCCGGAAGGUCUUAUCAUUUCUUUACCAAUAUAUUAUGCCACCGGUUCUCGACUAAAAGCUUUCUUGAUCGCUGCAUCCGUUGGCGUUACGUCUCAAAUGCUGGGUGCUGUUUUGGGUUAUGUUAUCUUUGUCACCUUAUGGAACGAAGCUGUCUCUGGUUUUCUUUUUGCUAUAGUCACUGGUACUCUACUUUAUGUAAUCUUACACGGCAUGUUACCAUUGGCACGUAGUUAUGAUCCUGAAGAUAAAUAUUGCACUUAUUAUGUAUGUGGUGGUUUGUCCUUCUUUGCAAUUGUCGCGUCCCUUUUUAACCUUUAA